AUGGUCAUGCCAUGGUGUUCAAACUUGUCAACUGUAUUCCGUCGCCAUGAUUCUGUAGCCUCCACGGAAAAGAGUCUUUCUAAACUUCCAUCGAAUAGAAAAGAAGAGAAAAAACAGGGUGCAAGUACUGAAACAAAACUAGGCCAAGCAAGUGUCAUCAGUCGUUUAACAAUUUCUUGGAUUAACCCAUUAUUGCAGUUAGGUUAUUCAAAACCACUGGUUCUUGAAGAUAUCCCCACACUCCUGCCUGAGGAUGAAGCCCAGGCAGCAUAUAAGAGGUUCUCGUGCAUAUGGGGUUCUCUUAGUGAAGACUUCAACUCUAGUAAUGCCAAAAACUUGCUUCUUCGAGCCUUAGUUAUGACUCAAUGGAGAGAGACCUUAUUUGUAGGAUUUUGUGCAUUUGUUAGGACAAUUGCUGUUGUGGCAGCACCCUUGCUGGUCUAUGCCUUCGUGCAAUACACCAAAAAUGAGCACAAAAUCCCAUCAAAAGGCUUGAUUCUUGUGGGAUGCCUGGCAGCGAUCAAGUUGAUGGAGUCUUUAUCUCAAAGGCAUUGGUACUUCAAUGCAAGGAGGUCUGGUUUGAGAAUGAGAUCAGCCAUUAUGGUAGCAAUCUACCAAAAGCAGCUGACGCUAUCUAGUUUAGGAAGGAGAAGACACUCAACAGGUGAGAUUAUGAACUAUAUCGCCUUUGAUGCUUAUCGGAUGGGGGAUAUGUUGUGGUGGUUCCACAGGACAUGGAGUCUUGUUUUGCAGCUGUUUCUUGCAACUGGCGUUCUGUUCAAGGUUGUUGGUCUUGCUGCACUACCUGCUCUAGUUCCCAUCCUAGUUAUCAUUUUUCUUAACGUGCCCUUUGCUAAACUACAUAAGAAGUAUCAGUCCCAGUUCAUGGUUGCACAAGAGGAACGAUUGAGGGCCACCAUGGAAGUUUUGAACAACAUGAAAAUCAUCAAGUUGCAAUCAUGGGAAGAUAAAUUCAAAAGCGUAAUUGAUUUGCUGAGAGGCACUGAAUACAGAUACUUGGCUAAAAUACAAUUUAAAAGGCCCUACAUCACAGUUCUGUAUUGGAUGUCACCAACUAUCGUCUCUGCGGUUGUCUUCAUUGGAUGUGCACUCAUAAGAAGCGCCCCAUUGAACGCUGCGACAAUAUUCACAGUAUUGGCAACUUUACGGAGUAUGUCAGAGCCUAUGAAGUGGAUCCCGGAGUCGCUUUCUAUACUAAUUCAAGCCAAGGUCUCACUGGAUCGCCUGAACGCAUUUUUGCUUGAAGAUGAUGUCAACAUGGAGGAAAAGCAAGUUUCAUCAAAGAAUUUAGACAAGAGCUCAAACAAAUGUGUCGAAAUACAAGGAGGUAACUUUAGCUGGGAGCCAGAAUCUGUUGUUCUAGCAUUAAAAGAUAUCAACUUUGAAAUUACAAGGGGGCACAAAAUUGCAAUUUGCGGUCCAGUUGGUUCUGGUAAAUCAUCACUCCUAUACGCUAUUCUCAGAGAAAUACCGAAGAUAUCCGGAUCAGUACAUGUCAAUGGAUCCAUCGCCUAUGUUUCACAAACACCUUGGAUUCGGAGUGGAACCGUUCGUGACAACAUACUAUGUGGAGAGCCAAUGGAUAGAACCAGAUAUGACAUGGUUACAAAAGCAUGUGCUUUAGAUAAGGAUAUUAGCAGCUUCAACCAUGGUGAUCUCACAGAGAUCGGUCAAAGAGGGAUUAAUUUGAGUGGUGGUCAGAAACAGAGAAUUCAACUUGCUAGGGCGGUUUACAAAGAUGCCGAUGUCUAUGUUCUUGAUGACCCUUUCAGUGCAGUGGAUGUCCAUACAGCGGCAGUCCUUUCCAGGGAAUGUGUAUCGGCUGCUCUCAAAGAUAAAACUGUCAUUUUGGUGACACAUCAGCUUGAAUUCCUCACAGAUGCUGAUAAGAUUCUGGUCAUGGAAGGUGGACAGAUAAUGCAGUCAGGAAGCUUUGAGGAAUUGCGAUCUGCUGGGACAACUUUUGAACAGCUUGUGAACGCACAUAAGAAUGCAGUCACUGAAUUGAUCUCUUCAGAAGAUGGCAAACAAACUGAAACUUCAAAAUCUAUUAUAGAUCAGUUUGAGGAGUCCAAUGAGCGUUUCUCCUCUAAAGAAAACGACGAGAAGGAGAUUCCGGCAGGUGACCAGCUAACGAAAGAAGAAGAGAGGGAGAUUGGCAACGUUGGGCUCAAACCACUUUUAGAUUAUCUUCAUGUAUCAAAAGGUUCCAUUCUGUUCAGCUCGGUCAUACUGUCUCGGCUUGCCUUUUCCGUUCUUCAGGCCGGUGCAAGUUAUUGGCUGGCGCUAGAAAUUCGAAAUCCUAAAGUUUCCAGUGGCAUCUUGAUUGGAGUUUACGCAGGAAUUUCCAUAUUCAGCACUCCUUUUGUAUAUUUAAGGUCAUUAUUUAGUGCCCUAUUAGGAUUGAAAGCCUCAAAAGCGUUCUUCUCAGGUAUCAAUGAGUCAUUGUUCAAAGCUCCCAUGCGCUUCUAUGACUCUACCCCCGUUGGAAGGAUAUAUACUCGGGUUUCUUCUGACAUGAGCACAUUGGACAUUGAUGUUCCUUUGAGCAUUGGCCACUCAGUUUCUGCCACAAUUGAACUACUAGCGAUAAUAGCUGUAAUGGCCUCUGUCACGUGGCCAGUACUUAUUGUAUCCAUUCCAGCAAUUAUAGCUGCAAUGUAUGCUCAGGAAUAUUAUCUAUACACAGCAAGGGAAUUAAUCAGAAUUAACGGAACGACUAAAGCACCUAUUAUGAACUAUGCAGCUGAGACAUCUCUAGGGGUGAUCACCAUUAGAGCUUUUAACAUUAUGGACAUCUUUUUCAAAGACUAUCUUAAGAUCGUUGACACAGAUGCAAGGCUUUCUUUUCAUUCUAAUGCUGCCAUGGAGUGGUUGAUUUUACGCUUAGAGACGCUGCAGAAUCUGAUUCUACUCACUGCUGCACUUCUAAUUGUUCUGCUUCCUUGGAAACACUUACCAGGGUUUGUGGGACUUUCUCUUUCUUAUGCCCUGUCUCUGAAUAGUGCCCAAGUGCUUAUGACUCGUUGCUACUGCAACUUGUCAAACUAUGUUGUAUCUGUCGAAAGGUUCAAGCAAUUCAUGUGCAUAGCACCAGAACCUCCUGCGAUUGUUGAGGGCAUGAGACCACCUUCUUCGUGGCCCUCUCAUGGAAGAAUUGAGUUGCAUGAUUUGAAGAUACGAUAUCGUCCAAAUGCUCCUCUUGUUCUCAAGGGAAUCUCUUGCACAAUCAUGGAAGGGACUAGAUUGGGAGUUGUUGGAAGAACCGGAAGUGGGAAGACCACAUUAAUCAGUGCUUUGUUCAGAUUAGUAGAGCCAGAGAGUGGGAGAAUUCUCAUAGAUGGACUUGAUAUCUGCACCUUGGGAUUGAAGGAUUUAAGAACAAAGCUUAGUAUCAUUCCUCAAGAACCAACUCUUUUCAAGGGCAGUGUUAGGUCUAACUUGGACCCACUUGGACUGUACCCUGAUAAAGAAAUAUGGGAGGCUAUAGAGAAAUGCCAGCUUAAAGAAGCAAUCAGCAAUCUUCCUAAGCUUUUGGAUUCAUCAGUCAGCGAUGAGGGAGAGAAUUGGAGUAUUGGGCAGCGACAACUUUUCUGUCUCGGGAGAAUUCUGCUCAGAAGGAACAGAAUUGUGGUGUUAGAUGAAGCAACUGCUUCAAUUGACUCGGCAACAGAUGCCAUUUUGCAAGGAAUCAUAAGGCAAGAGUUCUCAGGAUGCACAGUGAUAACAAUAGCUCACAGAGUCCCCACAGUGACAGACAGUGACAUGGUCAUGGUCCUCUCGGAUGGUAAUGUUCCCAGCUCAUAG